AUGGUUGCUACGGGUCAUAUAACGCAAGCAAGUUCAUCCGUUUUGGCAUUUCUGCCUCUUUUUUUGCGUGCUCCAGUCGUAAAUGGAAUGAGACGGGGAGGAAAGGAGCUUGGCAUUCCAACAGGUAUACCGCAUGUAUGCAAUUUUAUUAGAUUCGAUUUUGUAGCGUUCCAUGUUACUUUGUUCUACGCUGCCAGAGUCUUGGGACCCACGUCGGGGUACUUAUUCGCGUAACUUGACUAUUCUGAUAAAAAAGAGCCAGCUUCUUUUGAUUUUUUAUAUUUAGAAAGGAGGUAGUUGAUAGUGUAUUGAUUGUCUCGUAAUCAACCACUGUAAAGGGUGGAUUCAUUAAGAUUUAUAGCAAUCGUAAGCAUUAAUUUCCAAAACACUUUUGACUACAUCUCUUAGCUUCUGGACUUUUCGAUUACUUUUCAAUUUUUCAUGGUUAAGAAGCGCAACUUUUAUGAUAUAAAUAUGUAAAAAUAAGUGUUCUUUCAAUAUUUAUUUGAAGUCAGUACAAUACAGUACAAUCAUGCCUCAAUAUUUAUUGAUGAAUCCUGUCCGGUGCUUGCCAAGUUUGCCAUGUUUUUAUUGCGCAACUGUUGCGCAACUGUCUGCAAUUUACGGCCUGCGGUUUCCCACACGAGAGAUGCGACCGGACAAAACAGUAACUCGUGCGUUUUACUCGUAACUUGUCACAGGUGUAAUUAUUCUUCUCCUUCUUUUCUCUUCUUCUUGCUUGGUUUGAGGGCUGAAAUGCCUUCCCAUAUAACUUCAAGUUGUUUUCCUCAUUUUUCCCGUGGGGAGGUUGUUAAAGGUUUUGGGAGAGGUAGUAAGGAGUUGGGUAUUCCAACGGGUGAGUUGAAACUUUUCGUGAUAUCAUGCUUAAACUAACUUACAAUUUAAUUUUGUUUUCUGUGUAGUCUACACGAAUUCAUUAAAAUCUUUUCAAGACCACAGAACCAAAUUAAUUUUUUAAAAAAAAAUUCAUUUGGUUGUUGGAUGGCAGAUCGAUAUGAUCGCACAAAGUGAAACUUGUCAAUUCAAUUCAUUUAUAUUGUCGAGUCAAGACUUCAAGUACAAAAUUACGUACUCUGCAAAGUUGAAGUUUAGUUGAUUUAUCGCCCAGGUUAAAGACGCGAAGCUGUUUUUGUGAGAGACAAACUUUUUGAGUUAGUAUAGUUUGGUCAUAGUACAAAAAUGAAGUGUGGAAUUUUUAUAUUUGGGAUGCAUAAUUUUGUAUUUAACCUAGUUCGCACAACCACAGACCGUCAGCAUACCGUCCAUAAGCAUAAGGAUGUUCUAACUUGAUUAGAAGCAGAAAACAGAGUUUCUUGAUGAAGGCUGUGCUUCUCUCUGCCUAUGCAAUUGGUCAUAGGCCUAGAUACAAAAAUCCUAAUGCUACUUAAUUUCUUGGGUCUUUAAUUUCUUGUUUUCUACGAUUGAAAAUAAUUUUGUGCUUGAAGUCUAUAGAAUACACAGUCAUGGGAUGGAACGUACUUGAAUUGCAAAGGUUAAUGCCAGUUUUCACACUUGCUUAUUGAAGUCAUGAAAAUAAAACCCUGCAAAAUACUAUCUUUCCAAAAUCGUGAAAUAAGUACCAAUAACGUUGGCCUAUUUGGUUAAGUUGAUAAUUUUCUUGCCAAGAAUAACAUUAACAUGAGCAUAAGUUAGAAGGUUUUGAUAUUCUUUGUCCAUGCUCACAGCUGUGCAUGUCAUCCUCUAUGACUAUUGUUUAACCUUACUGCCAGCUGGCCCCCUAUACAUGUAUAUUUAUGGAUGUCAGUGUAAAGCAUUUUAGAUGACAGCUCAAGAAGAGUGUUGGGACUUGUGCAGGUGUAGGGCAGGUGAUGUGGGCUAUAAAAUCAGCUUUCCAAACAUCAAAGGUGUUUGUUCAAUAAUUUUCUAACUCUUGCCUUGAAAUUUAGUUAAUGAUUUACAGUAUGUUUUUUUUAAGAAAACGACUUGUGUUCCAAAUACAUGUAUCCAAAUGCAAGUGCUACACACAAAGUCCCACAGAACAAAAUCCCAGCAUGUGUCCAAAUGUUGUUUAUUGUGUACUUACUUCUGGUACAUGGAUGUGUCUUUAGUUAUGUUGUGUUUGACACAUGAAGUUACUACACUAUGUGUCGAGUGUUAUAAAUGUACAAUUACCUCCAAUAGGCUUUUGAAGUCCUGUCAUUCUAACCAAAAUUCUCCCUCAAUUCUCCAUGAUCCAUACAUGUAUGUACAGUUAAUUUGAAUCCUGAAAAAUGUAUGCAUUUCAAGGUUUAUGGAGAAAACAUUUCCAGUACAUUAACCCAUUCGCUCCUGGAGAUUUUGCCGAAAAACACGUUUUGAAGCUAGUCGAGUGGUUUUCUGGUCACUGUCGUGCUAUAAAGAGCUAAAACUUACCACAAACUGGUUUACAGGUCGAACACUUCACGGCCUUCUGAUCCAGAUGCAAAAUAUCAGCUUGCGAAGUUCGGGCAUGCGCAGAAAGCAAAAUUUCGACAUAGUUUUUGGGUUUAAAGGUGACACAGCAGUCUUGACUUUUACUUUUCGCUUUCUCUCCUCCCUUCUUUUUUUGCUUUUCUUGCCUCAUUUUUUUUUCUCUUACUGGGCAUUUAGUAGGCUUGAUUUUGGUGGGAAGAGUUUUAGGAAAGCUUUUAAGAUCUUAGGAUUAGGUGAAAGGAAAGGUAGGUGGGUAAUGGAACAAGAUUUUCAUGGAGAUUUUCGGGUCAAUGUCACGUGGUUUUUUGCUUGUUUCUCCGGUGUCCUUGACUGAAUUGUGCUCAUUCUGGUAUGGUUUGAAAGAUCUCUUCACUCUGCACAAGUUAGUGAAGAAAGUUGUCCUUGACCGUUAAAACUGAUGACGUCAGUCACAAUGGGUAGAAAGGACCUGGAUCCGCACGGGCGGUUACGGGCGGUUCAGGGGCGAAUGGGUUAAAGGUGCAGUAAUGUGGGCCGUAACACAGUCAACCUUUUGUGCAAUGUUUUUUUGUUUUAUGAGCUGUAAAGCAGUUUUGCUCAUUUUACCACCUGUGGGCUCAACUUAGUGUGGAAACAUUUCGUUGCAGCAACAUGUUGCAGAAAUAGAAGAGUCUAGUACUAUGCGCAAAAAAUAUUGUGGGCUGAAACAAAGAAAUAUUGUUGCAUGACAAGCUGCUCAUACAGGUACAUGGUGUUUAAAGGAGCGACAUUAAUUUCCGACAAUCGUGGAUGAAAAGUGGCUGGAAUGUGUUGCCUGUACAGCUGCUUAAGCCAGCACUUUGAUUUACAUUUUGUAUGAAGAGGUGAAUUAUUUGUUUUUUAUCUUCCAGCAAACUUUCCAACAAAUGUAGUGGAUAGUCUUCCUGAAGCUAUUAGUACUGGCAUUUACUAUGGCUGGGCAAGUGUUGACAGAGGACCAGUAUACAAAAUGGUGAUGAGCGUAGGAUGGAAUCCAUUUUACAAAAACACCAAAAAAUCAAUGGUUAGAAAGUAUUUUUGUUAUAUUUUGCAAAUUUGUUGACAAUUUUAAAAUGAUCAAGUCUCAUAGAGGAGAUUAAAGUUCAUGAAAAAUUUGACGAGUAAUAGUUGCUACCUUUACAUUUACAUUAUUGAUUCUUUUUUUUCAUCUUCAGGAAACACACAUUAUUCAUACAUUUGAGGAUGAUUUCUAUGGAUCAGAGCUCAGUGUAGUUAUUUUAGGAUUUAUUCGACCUGAAAAGGACUUCCCAUCAUUAGGUUAGUUGAGUGAAGUUCAUCUAAAUCCACCAUCGUGUUGUUAUAAAAUUUGAAUUUUUAAAUUUGGAAGAAGGAGAAAUCUAACACCUGCUAGAAAGCUCAGAAAAAAUUCCGAGCUCCAGUUGAGAAUCGAACUCAUGACCCUCUGAGUUCUAGUUUGGAUGUGUUAAUCACUGAGCUGCCAUAGCAAGCAGGGUUGACAUUGAAUUACAACUCCACCAGUCAUCAAGGACUUGCUUGAAGUCGGCCGUCCACCAGCAUACAAGAACAAGACUGUUCAAUAUGAUUUGGAAGAAAGAGAAUUCUAAUGCCACCCACAAUUUCUUUCUUUAAGUAAUAAAAGUAAUGAUGUAUAUUGUACUGUAUUUUUAAGCCUGGUUUUCAUAUGUCGGAAAAUCCCAGACGAUCGAGGAUUUUACUGUUUCCCGACUGUCCCAGAUUAUGCAGACUAAUGAAAACUUGAAAUCGUAGAUAUCCCUGAUCGUCUGGGAUGGGCAGGGACAAAUCAGGAGAAUCGGGAGCGUUUCUAUUUUCCCGACGCGUCCCAGAUUUCUGCGAUGGUCGGCAAUCAUGCUCGACAAAUGAAAACUCAAGUUUGUAUCAUCGGGGACGUCGGCGAUGGAUUUCGCUCAUUACCAAUCCCCCAAAUUGGUGGGCUCCAGUCCCCCCAUCAUGCAAGUUUCAAUUUUUUGCGCACUUUCCAUUUCCGGCCAAAUUCAUCGGUAGAAUUAGAGACAGAAUUGUGGUGAUUAUCCGAUAUAUCUGGGACGGUCGGCAAAAAGUAAAAGCCCCGAUCGUCUGGGAUUUUCCCGACAUAUGAAAACCAGGCUUUAAUUAGUCACUUUCAAUUUUCAGAAUCUCUCAUAGAUGCUAUUCAAACAGACAUCAGAGAAGCAGAGCAAGCUCUGGAAACACCAGAAAACCAAAAAUUUUUAUCACAUAGCUUCUUCAAAACAGAGGGUGACAAUGCUAAUGGCUGCACAUAA